AUGCGCGGAGAAGUCUGCCACCUGCAUAUUGGGCAGGCUGGUACCCAGCUGGGUAACGCCGCUUGGGAACUAUAUCUUCUCGAACACGGACUCAAGGCUGAUGGCCGUCCUGACCCUGAUGCGAACGUCGGCGAUCCCGGUUCAUAUGAAACCUUCUUCAAUGAAACCAGUGGCAAUAAACACGUUCCUCGUUCCAUCUUUGUCGACCUGGACCCCUCCCCCAUUGACGAAAUCCGCACUGGAAAAUACAGAUCACUCUUCCAUCCUGAGCUGCUGGUAAGUGGUAAGGAGGACGCUGCCAACAACUAUGCCCGAGGUCACUACACCGUUGGAAAGGAGUUGGUCGAUGAUGUCCUAGAUAAAAUACGCAGAGUCGCUGACAACUGCACUUCCCUACAAGGUUUCCUGAUCUUUCACUCCUUCGGAGGUGGUACUGGCUCUGGUUUUGGUGCCCUUCUUCUAGAGAGACUUUCCGUCGACUAUGGCAAGAAGUGCAAGCUCGAGUUCGCCGUUUACCCUGCUCCUCAAGUGUCUUCGUCCGUGGUCGAGCCUUACAACGCCGUUCUCUCCACCCACAGCACCAUCGAGCAUGCCGAUUGUACCUUUCUAGUGGACAACGAAGCUGUGUACGAUAUUUGCCGUCGCAGUCUUGACAUUCCUCGACCAGAUUACGAACAUUUGAACCGUCUCAUCGCUCAGGUGGUCUCUUCUGUCACCUCAAGCUUACGCUUUGAUGGCGCGUUGAAUGUGGACUUGAACGAAUUCCAAACAAACUUGGUCCCAUACCCCCGAAUCCACUACCCGCUCAUCUCAUAUGCCCCUGUGGUUUCCACCAAGCGAUCAUCUCAUGAAAGUUUCAAAGUCCACGAUCUGACCCUCCAGUGCUUCGAGCCUAACAACCAGAUGGUGGUUUGCGAUCCUCGAAAUGGAAAAUACAUGGCUGUCGCGCUACUCUACCGUGGUGACGUUGUUCCCCGUGAUACUAACGCUGCUAUCGCUUCCCUCAAGGCCAAGUCCAGCUUCCAUUUGGUCGAUUGGUGUCCAACUGGCUUCAAGGUCGGAAUCAACUACCAACCACCCAUGCCCGUUCCAGGUGGCGAACUCGCUCGCGUUGACCGCUCAGUCAGUAUGCUAUCCAAUACGACAGCCAUUGCUGAGGCAUGGAGCCGGCUAGACCACAAAUUCGAUCUUAUGUAUUCCAAGCGUGCUUUCGUUCACUGGUACGUGGGAGAAGGCAUGGAAGAAGGAGAAUUCUCUGAGGCCAGAGAAGAUCUUGCUGCUUUGGAGAAAGAUUAUGAAGAGGUUGCUAGCGACAGCGUGGAGGCCGAAGACGAAACUGGUGCUGAGUAUUAG